AUGGCGAAGGACCGGGGAAGAAACUCCAACACGGUUGGAAACUCCAUCACGGUUGGAAACUCCAUCACGGUUGGAAACUCCAUCACAUUUGGAAACUCCAUCACGGUUGGAAACUCCAACACAUUUGGAAACUCCAUCACGGUUGGAAACUCCAACACAUUUGGAAACUCCAUCACGGUUGGAAACUCCAUCACGGUUGGAAACUCCAUCACAUUUGGAAACUCCAUCACGGUUGGAAACUCCAUCACAUUUGGAAACUCCAACACGGUUGGAAACUCCAUCACAUUUGGAAACUCCAUCACGGUUGGAAACUCCAACACAUUUGGAAACUCCAUCACGGUUGGAAACUCCAUCACGGUUGGAAACUCCAUCACAUUUGGAAACUCCAUCACGGUUGGAAACUCCAUCACAUUUGGAAACUCCAUCACAUUUGGAAACUCCAACACGGUUGGAAACUCCAUCACAUUUGGAAACUCCAUCACAUUUGGAAACUCCAACACGGUUGGAAACUCCAUCACAUUUGGAAACUCCAUCACAUUUGCUGAGGUGAAGGAUUCAGUCGAAGCCUUAGCGGGGAGGAAACUCUGUAUUUAG